AUGGAAAAGGUUAGGUUUUCUGUUCUUACACUGUUGUGCCUGGAGCUUGCAAUGAGGGUUGGCACUGCUCCGAUCUGUGCCUAUGGUCAGGCUGGAUGCCAUGUUCUUUCCCUGGCAGAUCUCUUUGACAGGGUCAUACAACAGUCUUCAAGAAUGCAUGGAAUCUCCAGUGAUCUGCACACUGAAUUUGAGAAAUAUUUCUAUCCCAGCAAGAACCUCAUAGGAAAACAGAAGUGCCACACAUAUGGGAUAGUAACACCAGACGAUAAAGAGAAUGCACAAAGGCUAGGGCGAGAACAACUGACGGAGGUGAUCCUGAGGCUGCUGGGGGCCUGGAGUUACCCCCUGUCACAACUCUACCAGAGCAUGUCUCAGGAUCAGAAUCAAGACUUUAACCACCACACCUCCAACAAGGCACUGGAGAUCAGUGAUAUGGUGCAUGAGCUAAGGGAUGGAGUGGCAAAAAUGGCUGAGAAGAUGAAGCUAUUGGGAGUGCUUGGUAAUACCGUAGGUUACAUCUCUCCUGAGAGUUUGGUCCCCUCUUCUGCCUUUUCCUUCUACAAACAAGGAGAACUCAAUUCAAUGGACCAUCAUGACCUACUCUAUUGCUUCCGCAGAGAUUCUAACAAAGUCAAAAACUAUCUCCGUAUCCUGAAAUGCACCACCCUUCCCGGACUGGAGUGUUAA